CUCUUCUUCUCUCGCUGGUCCUCAACUCUCUAGAUGGCGCACAGGUGAAAACAGAUGAAGAACGUUUUAACAGCUACUUGCUUAGUCGAUGUUCUACUGUUUAAGGCUAGAGUGUGCGCGCGCGUUGCAGGUGACAAACAAUACGAAUUAUUACGUUAAAAAAUUCAAAAAUAACGAAUUUGUGACUGUUAUGGAGUAUGGUGACAUGAGGUAUGUAAAAAAACUUGACAGAAAUGCCAAAAUAGACACUGAUUAACUAUAUAAAGUGCUUUAAUCAUUAACGAAACUAUUUUAUCUACAAAUUUACAAUGCAAACUUCAUCAGAUAAGACUCCUAGUGAUGAAAAACAACAAAUGUCACCUAGUAAAUAUACAGAAUUAGACAAAAACAUAGCUACAGCUUUGCUGCAAGAGAAUUUUAUACAAAGAUCGAUACAAAAUGUAGCUUUAUCGUUACAAAAUGCUAUGAUGAACUCAUUACAACAAGCUGCUUUUCUGCCAGUCAGUUCAGCUGCAGCUGCCGCUUUAAAUCUACAAGCUCUCGAGUCGUACUUAACGUUACAAAGACUUACAACAGUUUCGGCUAAUUCUUCAAGCGGGAAAAUUGACAUAUUAAAAAUAGCGGCUAGUACCGCGAAAAUAACAGAAGAAACCGUCGGAACUAGUGAAGAUUUGGUCGCGAAUACGAGUUUAACUGAAGACGUAGAUCUAGCCGAAGAAGUUGAAGAGGAUUUAGCACUUUUAGAUAACGACGAAAGUUUAUCAGUACCUUCAUCUCCUAUCGAUACUUCAUAUCCGAGUUUGAUACUUAAUUCGAUGUUUCAAAAUCCGGAAAACUUGGCGUUGGUUGGAUCUACGACGGCAGUAACGACUACGACAGGAGCUGCGGCUGUUCGACAAAAAGGUGGAGCCAGACCGAAGAAGCAAUUUAUUUGUAAAUUUUGCAAUAGACAUUUUACGAAAAGUUAUAAUCUACUGAUACACGAACGGACUCAUACUGAUGAACGGCCCUACUCCUGUGAUAUUUGUGGAAAAGCUUUUCGAAGACAGGAUCAUUUGAGGGAUCACAGAUACAUCCACAGUAAAGAGAAGCCCUUUAAAUGUACAGAAUGUGGCAAAGGUUUCUGCCAAUCGCGAACCUUAGCCGUUCACAAAAUCCUGCACAUGGAGGAAUCUCCACAUAAAUGCCCAGUUUGCAGCAGGUCCUUCAACCAACGGUCCAACCUGAAAACACACCUAUUGACCCACACGGAUAUCAAACCGUAUAACUGUUCAACUUGCGGGAAAGUUUUUCGUAGAAAUUGUGAUCUGAGAAGACAUAGUCUAACUCAUAAUUUGGGAGCCAGUUCUUCGAGUACGGUCCUGCCCAAUCAGAAUUUCAGUAUAGACUCUUUGAUAAGUUCGACUGUGAAGAAAGUCAAUAAAUGAUAAUAGGUUUAGAAUCAAAUUAAUUUUAGGAACACUUUUUGUGAAAGUGAGCAUAUGUGAGAAAUAAAUUUUUAGUGA